GCGCAAACCGCGAAGAGGGAGCUGGAGGCGGAAGAGGACGUAGCAAUAAAGUGGGAAAAGGAGCCGCAGAAGAAGAAGAAGUGGCUUAAAAAAAACAAAACAACACCGACACUUGGAUGUCUGUUAACAAACAAGGUUAUACAGUUAUCCGAGAGGAGCUCCAGUGCAUCAUGUGAGUUGUGCAAAAGCCUUUUGAUACCUACAAGUGGCUGCUGAUGUGGUGGACCUGAACUUGACCUGUGCGAACCCCCAGUCUCGCUUUUUUAUGAGAGCCUGGGGAAAAUGUGGCCUCAAAUUAUGGAUUUAGGGACUCUUUAAUGAAAGUCAGAUUUUACAGCGCUUCAGUCAAAUUGCUGUAAGGAACAUGGAAAGAGAAGCGGCUAAGAAAGAGAUGGAUGUUGUGGACACUGACGAGGAGAUCCCUGAUGGUGUUUCGGCCUCAGUGACCAGUUCAAGUCAGUGUGAGGUUGAGGAUGAGUGCGAGCAGGAGGACAAAACAGCCUAUCUCAAAUCUCAGGAAACUCCAAACCCAGCCACUCUACAAGACCUUGGGGCUGGUGAAGCAGAGGCCAAAGAUGAUAUUGAGGAGGUUUCAGAAGAGUUUGAGCAUGACAAGACUACAGAAAAUGAGAACUCACAGGUUAUAAACCAAGAAGAGGAUGACGCAGCAAAGGAGCAGCACAUGAAUGGGGAGUCUGGUUGGAGGAACAUGGGAAGUGGAAGGAAGUGCAAACUGAGGAGUGGUGGGUCAGUUUUAGAGCAGAUUCAGAGAGGAAAUGUUAUGUCAAGUGGCGGUCGGCACAAGCAGACCCGCAGACGUAACCACCACCACUAUCAGCAGAACCGGGGCCGGCGGAGGACAGGAAACCAGCUCAUCUUAGCGUUCAAGGAGAUGCUGUCAGAGUCUCUGAGCUUCUGGUGCAUCUCUUGCAUCCACAUGAUGAUUGAGAUUAUUGUCACUUUAACUCACAACUGUGGAGUUGGAGUGGAGACUGGAGUUGUAAAACUUUACAACCUUGGGCAGCAGCUCCUUGUGAAGGUCACUGAUGUUCCUGGAAUGAAGGCAGAUGCGAUCCGGAUUCUGAAGUGGGCAAAGUGCAAAGGAGCUUGUGUGGUGGAUAAAACUGUUAGGUCAGUAAAGUGGAUAAAGACAGUUGCCUUAUCUUGUUUCACAUUUUUCUGUGCUUUGGUUAUUCUGGGAUCGCAGUGGGCCAAGGGGGUUUUCCUUCGUAUUGGUGGGGAUAGGGGGAAGCACUAUUGGACGGCUUUUCAGGAGUCACGCGUUUGGAAGAGGAUAGUGUCCUUGCUGGAGAAAGCCCGAAGCCUAUUCAGGAGGGAUGGUCAUGUACCGCCAUCUGCACCGGGGUCACCUGGCAGAGCAGGAAGAGCUCAACCAGGCCAGGAGUUGGAGAGACUGCUGGCACUGGUUGAGGUACCAGAGGAUGAGCUCGAUCCCUUUACAGUUCUUGGUGUUGAGGUGCAUGCCACUGACACUGAGCUGAAGAAGGCUUACAGACAGCUGGCUGUCCAGGUCCAUCCAGACAAGAAUAAACACCCACGAGCUGGAGAGGCGUUCAAAGUGCUCAGAGCUGCCUGGGAUAUUGUCAGUAAUCCAGAGACACGACGAGAGUAUGAGUUGAAGCGCAUGGCAGCAACUGAGCUCUCAAAGUCCAUGAACGAGUUUCUCACUAAACUGCAGGAUGACCUGAAGGAAGCCAUGAAUACUAUGAUGUGUACCAAGUGUGAAGGCAAACACAAGCGCUUCGAGAUGGAUCGUGAACCCGCUGAGGCCCGGUUCUGUGCUGAAUGCAACCGUUACCAUAGCGCCGAGGAAGGGGACCUGUGGGCUGAAUCGAGCAUGCUGGGCCUACGCAUCACAUACUUUGCCUGUAUGGAUGGCAAGGUGUAUGAUAUUACAGAGUGGGCAGGUUGCCAGAGAAUUGGAAUUUCUCCUGAUACACACCGGGUCCCGUAUCACAUCUCCUUUGGUUCAAAGAACAACAGCAAUGCCACACGACACAGGACACCGUCGGAGCAUGCGGCAGGUCCGACCAACCCAGCUGAUUUGCAGGACUUCUUCAACCGAAUCUUUAAGGGAGGACCUCCUAGUGACAUGGCUGCCAAUGGAAGCUUCUUCCACUCAGGUUCGCCUCAUCACCCACCUGGUGCUGGAGCGCCUCCCUUCUCCCCUCCUCCAAGUCAGACAGGUUUUUACAUGCCGGGAGGUCACCGGCCCGAGUCCAGCGAGACAUGGGCUGAAAGUGGCAAACCCCCCAGGAGGAGGAAGAAGGUCCGCAAACCCUUCCAGAGGUGAAGUUCGCCGACUUGUUAGUGUAUGAAAACAGCAACACAGGGAUACAAAAUAUAAUGGCCAUGUUUGUCUCUCGCCUGCCUGUUGGCAUGCCAAGAUCUGAACUGGAGAAGAUUCAAGGGGGUCAGAUCAGCCAGAGCAGAGAGAGACUGGAUCACGAAGAGGAGUCUGUCAACUGAAUACAAGUAUUGAAGGAGGUUCUGAAGGAGGUUGCAGUGAUGGUGCUUUACCUCUUAAUCCACCUUACUUUUUUUUGUUGUUUUUGUCAUUUUGGUCUUAAAGACGACUGUAGCCUUGGCAUUGAAGUCCUUAUCAGGAUGCCGUAAUUAAACCUUUUUCUUUUUUUAAUCAUGUCCUGCCAAAUCCUUCACUGCAUGAUGUUUUCACCUGCAUUUUAACACUUCAGUUCUCUCACUUUUGUUAACGUUUUAUAUAAAGUUAGCUUAAGAAAUCGGCUUCAGGCAGAGUGAAGGUUAGGAGGGUUACAGCCAGUGUGGACUGUGGUUUUAUGCAUCACUAUGAUCGAAAAAUGAAGAUACUGAUCUGGGCAGCUUCACAGUCUUUAGUGUUACUGAUAUUAGAGGCAUGUGGCUCUACUACUGAAGCUGCACAUCGCCCACCAUAUUUCAGAAAGGAAUCUAACUUAACACAUCUGAGCUUAAUAAUUUAUAAAAUGGGGAGUGGUUUUAACUCACUAAACAGCACAUUUAAGUAUUUCUUUAGUGAGAAGUCUUGUUGUUGUUUUAUGAGCAGGUCUAAACAACUGCUAAUCUGCUUUUCCAUUGAAAUCAAAGACCAAGCUGUGGUUCUGUCUGAUUAGUAAAAAAAAAAAAACAGAAAGAAAAGACAAAAAUAUCUUAGCAUGAUAAUUAUAGAGUGGCACCUCACCCCUUAAAAAGUUUGUUUUACCCUGAGCUUUCUGAAGUGGUAACGUUGCAAUAUGCAGAUACUGCAGGAUGUGUGGAAAUGUAGCACAGCCACUUAGAUUCACACCAUGGUUCACACUGUUUCGACCACUUUCUAAAAAUGAAAAAGCAACAUCUCAAAGAGGAAAUAAAACAUUUGUAAUUGACUUUAUAAUGCUAAUCGCACAACCGAACAUUUGACAGCUGCUUGAUUCUAAGUAAAAAUGGUUCUACUUUUUGUCCACUGCAAAGUCUCUUAUUCCUUCAGCACCGUUGGACCUUAUUUUGGCUAUAACUGAUGUAACACUAGACAAUAUCUCGCCAUUGCAAGUAAUUUAUUUGCCUGGUCUUUCAUUCUGGACCUACUUGUUCAGUGGCAGUUUUUGAGCCAGUCGUGAUGUUUCAGAGCAUCUUAUAGCCGCCGCCCAGCUCAGGACACGUCAGAUCUGAUUCUAGUCCAAAGCGAUUGCUCUCAUGCUUGUUUCAGUGUGUGCCGUCAUCUCAGCGACUCCUGACGGGUUUUCAUAGUUGUGUUGGGCGAGGUUCACGUAAACUCUAAUCAGACUCUAAAAGACUGAUGUCCUUUUAAUCCCCGCAGUAUUACUGAGUAAAAACAAGAAGGGGUCAGAAAAAUCCUAGUCAGUUGCAUUUUGUUUGGUUUGUUGUUGACAUGUUUCAUGGUCAGAAAUAACACUUUAAUUUUUGUCAAAGCUUAAUGAAAGAAAACCAUUGUUAUUGUUUACACCUGACAUGAAGAUUGUGUAGUGAUAUGGCAAUUGUAUGCUAUGAGGCAUCUGAUAAAAGCGCUUCUUUUUAACAUUGACAGUCACGUCCAUUGAGUACGUCCAUUGUCGGUGAUUUUAAUUUUUUCCCUUUGUGUUAAUUUGCACACCCACCACUGUAAUAACAAGAGGGGGAUUUUGAACAGUCAUCAGUGGUUUAGUCCAGCCAGCAAGGCUCCAGCUGCAGCUGAGUAGGAGGUGUAGCUCACUAAGCUAACAGCUCAUCUACAAAUCAAGAUUUAUUAUAUUAUUAUUUGUUUUGUAGAAUCUGAAAGUUAAAUGAGUGACAUUUAAUUGCACAUCCGUUACCCUCUUGACAAAGUAUGUGAAUGCUUUUUGUGAUGCAAAGCGUGUGUUCGCCUGGAAGCUUGAAAGAAGUCUUUGUUGCAAAUAUAGUUUGAGCUCAAGCAGGAUGAUGCGUUUGCCAUGUUUCCUUCAUUGUGUCAAAUAGUUUUUUUGUUAUAUGUAUUUGACCAGUUUCCUGGACAUGGGAGUAAAUGAGUGUCUAAUUAAAGCGUCCUUUCCUUUUUCUUGGAGUUCAAAGUAUAAAUCUAGUCCGGGUUAAAAUGAGAAAAUAAAAGCAGAUUCCAUCUUAAUUAGGGGUUUUAAACUGGGCAGGGUUAAAUUCUUAUUGCAUACUCGUUUUCCCACUUAUUUGUAAUCCAUACUUUGACAUUACAUAAACACUGUCAAAGAUUUGCUUCAGUUCCUGUUCAGGAAACUGGACCCACAGCUGUGACUUCAUGCUUCAUGCUUGAUUUGAGAACGUGCUGUGACGUGUGUUAAAGGUAGCAGUUCAAAGUCCAACAAGUUAAAGAAGGAGCCAACACAAUGACCUUUUUAAAUUAUUUUUUUCCUUAAAGUUUUUUAACAGAAUAUGCAGAAUUAUUGCAAAAAAUAUCAGACAAUCAUCAGGGUUUUUUGUAGGGACUAAGGAGGCGAGUUCCCUGGCUGGUUUUAAAAUAUCACUUUUGGGUUUCUUCCCCCCCACUCCCCCUGCCGCUUUCUCUGGUUUCCAAAAUAAAGAGGAUUUCCUAUA